AAAGGAGAAUCGGGAGAAUAUUCUCACGUUCAGCGCUUACCUCUUCACGCACCCGCGGAGGCCUGUACCGGGCCUGUACAACUCUGGCAACGCAGAUGGGGCUACCGAAUGUUAGGCCGAGGAGGGGUAUUACUGGAGUACGAGGGGGCGAUGAAGAGCGGCUGGAAUUGAUAAGUAUGUAUUUGGGAGUUUACUGCUUUCGGAAGUGGAAAGAACAAUUAACACGAUUGUAUUCCGGAAUUGUUGCACGCGUAGAUAGAUAGAUAGAUAGAUUGUUACUCGGCCCCACCACGUUAAUGGUGUGGUCCCCUAAACGGAACGGCCGGUCUCAACGAGCGAACGACAGCGAGCGCAACCCACAAGGAGAAGGUAGACUGACGCCCGGAC